AUGGACCUGGAGAACCAGCAGCAAGGCUUGCUUCUUCUUCAGAAUGGCCACAACAGCAGCUCCAACAAUAACACAAGGGCCCCCACCAAUAUAGCCACCACAUUCUCCAGACUGACCUCCACCACCUUGAACCACCACAGGAUUUUCUUCAAUGAUUACGAUGAUGAUGAUGAGGAGGAGGAGAGGGAGGAGCAUGAGGAUGACUGUGGUCGUGGCCCAUCACUCCCAGUAGGCCAAGAAUGUCCAUUCUCAAGGCCCUUCGUGAUUCUUGAUUUGAUAUGGAACUUGGGGUUUAUGUUGGUGGCUGCCUUUGUGCUUUUGACUACCGUCACCGAGAGACCCAGCACCCCUUUAAGGCUUUGGGUUGGUGGCUAUGCUCUGCAGUGCCCCUUGCAUGCAGGUUUUGUUUGGCUUCACUCUUAA